AUAUAGCGAUUGGUCAGGUACAACUGUUGAGCCUUCUACCUCCGAGGAAUGACAAGUAUAAUGGUGAUUCUGUGCCGAUUUUUCUCCUUUUCUCUGAUCUGGGGAUUAGCUAAGUCGCAAGAGUUUUCGUACAAAGAUACUACAACAUGGGGCCAGAAUUACCCAACUUGCAAUGGUAACAACCAAUCACCUGUUGACAUUCCAUGGGGAUUUGGCGAAACAGUGAUCAUACAGCCUGGAGAGCUCCAGUGGAUUAACUAUGGGAAUAUUCCUGAUUCUAUGAGGAUCGUUAACAAUGGUCAUACAGUUCAAAUUUAUCCUACGUGGGUGAAUGCUUCCGACCGGCCAUAUUUAACUGGAGGACCCCUAGGGGGUCAAUAUGUCAUAGAACAAUUUCAUUUCCAUUGGGGACAGAAUGACAGUGUUGGAAGUGAACACACAUUCAGAGGCCGAAGAACAGCAAUGGAGUUCCACAUGGUUCACUGGAAAAGUGAAUACGGUACCUUCGAAGCUGCGGCAAGUCAAGCUGACGGAUUUGCAGUGAUUGGAGCCCUUUAUGAUCCAAUCUUCGGUAAAUCCUCGAGAGGGAUUGAAGAGAUCUGGAGGGAACUUGGGGGUCUCAGACAGCCCAAUGAUGCAAUCCAGAUUAUACCAUUUCCACUAUCUGAUUUUGAGGUGGUGAAUUCCAGGGAUACUUACGUGAGCUACUAUGGAUCAUUAACUACACCUGGAUGUAAUGAAGUUGUUACUUGGCUGGUGGCUUUAGACUUGUUCUCCAUUACAAGUGAUGAGCUACAGCAGAUCAGGUCCGUUCAGCUUGGCCAUGGUGAUACUCAUAAUUACCGAGCCCUACAAAACUUGAAUAAUCGACAAUUCACCUAUUACCAAUCAAAGUCAGUCGAAAUUCAUCCCGUCUGGAGAAAUAAUGCUUAUAGACCAUAUUUAAGUGGUGGGCCACUCCGAAGUCAAUAUGUCGUGGAGCAAUUUCAUUUUCACUGGGGGCAAAAUAACAAUGUAGGAAGCGAACAUACAUUUAGAGGCGGAAGAUCUUCGAUGGAACUUCAUAUUGUUCAUUGGAAACGGGAAUACGGCUCAUUUGCUGCAGCUAUGCAGAGACGAGAUGGAUUAGCUGUAAUUGCUGCUCUUUAUCAGCCCAGUACAGGUAGGUCGUCUAAUGGAAUACAGCAAAUCUGGAGACAGCUCCGGAAUCUUCGACAGGAGAAUUCUGCGGUCCAAGUGAGUCCCUUCCCACUAUCUGAUUUCGGUCUUCUGAAUCCCACCCACAGAUACAUGAGUUACUUCGGAUCUUUGACAACUCCUACGUGUAAUGAGGCAGCUACGUGGCUAGUGGCACUGAAUUUGUUUCCUAUUAGCAACAAUGAGUUGCGGGAUAUCCGGCUAGUUAGACUGCGUCACGGCGAUCGUCAUAAUUACCGGCCUCUCCAGAGACUGAAUAAUCGCCGAUUCACCUCUUACCGUUCAUAUUGAAAUUCGUAAUUGCUAAAAAAAUUUUCGACAAUUACAACUGCCCAGGGAAAAUUCAUCUUCAAUCUGCGGACUAGUCCAUGUUGUUUUCAAUUGGCUCUUCACAUUGGGUACUUUUUAUUUUUGAAUUAUCAAUUAUUCACUUCUGUAAUCAAUUUGUGAGAGAACAAGAAUAAAUCGACUGCAGUGGUUUCGAAACUUGGAAAA